AAUUUGGCUACAGAGAAAAACAAGAAGUGGCAUUACCUUUUUAGCCAAACCCAAAUUCUCUUCGUUCCAAAGAAGAAAAGCCACCCUUUCUUCCCCCGACCACCCUCUCCUGGUCCUGGCCGCUUCGCUUUCAUCCAUUCUUCCCCAAACCACCCUCUUCUGGCCACCCCGCCUUCCUCACCGUCGCCCUGCCUUUCCCUUCCUCAUAUGCCCUUUCGACGCACUCACAAGCUUCUUUUGAACUGCCUUUCCCCUAAUGUUCAACCCAGCCACACAAACCCUAAUUUCCCAGUUUUAGGUGCUCCACAACCUCCGCCUUGCACCAUUGGCAACCGUCGCGACUUCGCCUCCAUUCUUAGCUCAUACGGAGAGAUGUGCUUCUGGCCAGGCACGUGCGUUCGUUCGCAUCAGAGCCCCUCCUUCAGCUGCCUUGGCCUCUUCCAUUCUCAGCCCUUUCUUAUCAGUGGGCUCCCGAGAUUCAGUUUUUACUCCUCCUCUUUCUGAAGUUUUGGACGGUCUGAUCUCGAUUUCACUCACACAUUUGGGGUCGACAUUUCCGCUUUGGGUGAAAUGAGGGAGAAAGAGUGCAUGGAUGCUCUUCAGGCUUUUAAUGAUAAGAACAAGGAGAAAGUGAAGCUGGUUACCAAGCUAAUGGGAGGUGUCAAGCAAGGAGCAAGUUAAUACGUUAUCAAAGGAAUUUAGAGAUCUCGCUACUGUCCAAGUGUGUUGGCAGGAGGAUGACGUGGUUUGAGUACAUGUUGAGUGAAGUUAUGAGCCCCAUAUGUUUUUUAUGUGAGAAGUUAUGAAGUGUAUACUAGUUCCUGCCUUGAGAACAAGGCAUUUGGAUACAAAGGUGCAGAUGCCUCGGAUGGAGUCCUUGGCACAUAUUUUUUUGGUAGAAGAAGGAUGAUUUUGAAUAGUUAACUCUAGAUAGAUUGACAGUCUUAAUGUUGACUUUAGAACCAUAGAAUUAAUAAUUAGUUAGCUUAUUGAGGAGAUGUAGAUUGUAAUAGUAUAGAAUUAUUGACUACAAGAUUUGAUGAC